CUGGUUUCCAGAAUGGAGGAGCCACUGUCAAUGGAGAUGUCUUUCAGGAGUCCAACGGCCCCACGGACGCCUAUGCAGCCAUAGCCAAGGCUGACCGGCUGACCCAGGAACCUGAGAGCAUCCGCAAGUGGAGGGAGGAGCAGAAGAAGCGCCUGGAGGAGCUGGAUGCGGCAUCGAAGGUGACUGAGCAGGAAAAGAAGGACCUGGAGGAGUGGAACCUGCGCCAGAAUGAGCAGAUGGAGAAGAACCGGGCAAACAACAGGAUCGCUGACAAAGCCUUUUACCAGCAGCCGGACGCCGAUGUGAUUGGCUAUGUGGCCUCGGAGGAAGCAUUCCUGAAGGAGUCCAAGGAGGAAACCCCGGGCUCUGAGUGGGAGAAGGUGGCCCAGCUCUGUGAUUUCAAUCCCAAGAGCAGCAAGCAGAGCAAGGAUGUCUCGCGGAUGCGCUCGGUGCUCAUCUCUCUCAAACAGAUGCCCCUGUCCCGCUAGCUGCCGCCUGGCAUGGCCAGGAGUGCAGCAGGGCAAGGCCAGGCUCACCAAGCCGUGCGGCUUCGUGGGGCCAGCCCACGAGGGGCCUCACCCUGCCUGCUCCCUGGUGUGUGCCUUGGCUGUGCUCGAGUCACCGGUUGUAACUCUCCCCAUGGUUUUCCUUUGCUUAAAAGGUG